GUCGAUUAAUGACAGGGGAAAAAGAUUGCAUUGUAUUUAUUUGUCGGAUCUGGAGUUGUAUGUAAAUAAAAACGAUCACCAAUGUCAAAAUGUUUGGGUAUUCGUUCUCGUGGUAUCUUUUUGCACUCACAUUAUGGGAGUUAAUCAUAAAAACCCAUUUAACAUCCCAUGACAGCAGUCACGGGUUCAUCAACAAAAAUGCCAAAUAUUUGGAGGAUGAUUUCAAAAGCAUUCAUGAGGAAUUAUCCUCGGGACUUCGAGCCUCACAGCUGAAUGAUUUUAAUUUUAAUCUUAAAUUAGAACCUUCCAUCCUCGAUUUCAAACAAAGACAAUUGGGAAUUGCUCACUUAGAAAAGGUUACAUUGUUUAAUACAGACAAGAAUAAGACCAUUGAUAUGACAUCUAUAUCUGGUAGCACAGCAUAUUUCCAUAGUUCUUUCUUUGAAACAAAGAAAAUUCCUCCGAACGGUAACACGACAUUUAAUGUUGUGUUCUUGGGUCGGGAAGAAGGUCUAGUCGAGGGAAACCUGUUCAUUCACUCCUCUGAUGGUUAUUUUAAAUACAACGUCAGAGGAGCCACUACUUAUAGUCGUUUUAGACUAAGGCCAAUAGUUGGCGUCAAGUUGCCAUUGAACUCAACAUUUUCACCAUUAAUUUAUUUAUACAACCCACAUCCCAAGCCUGUGCAGAUAAUGGAAGUGUAUAGUAGCGGUGGUUCGUUCCAUUUGGAACUGCCCACCGGCGAUCAGGAAGGACCGAAUGAUCUCUGGGAAAUCGCCCCCUAUCAAACAAAGGCGAUCAUACGCGUACGCUUCAAAGCCAAAGUCGUUCAAAACCACACCGCUUACGUCAGAAUCAAGCUGAACACUCAGAACGAGCUGCUGGUCGUGCCGCUGGAGGUGGAGGUUACCCCCGACGGCGAACUGGUGCAUCCGCAAGGCGGCGUCGACUUCGGCAUCGGCGGCAACCUCGAUCCGCCCAAGGAGGUAAAACUGUGCGUCUCCAAUCCGCAAAAGCGAUCAGUGCGGGUGCACAGUGUGAGCACCACGUCGAAGGCGAUCGACGUGAGCUACGAACCCGUACGGAUCAUGCCCGAUGCGGAGGACAGGGGUGCGUGCACCAAUAUCGCAACCCUGACGCUCAACUGGAAGACUGCGUUUGAUAAAAACGAUUUUUCGGGCAAGAUUAUGAUCAAGUACCGGCAGGGCAGGAACGUGACAGUCAUCCCGUAUUAUCUGACGGUGCUGGACGGUGGCAUAACGUUCGAUCCAUUGCAAACGUCUUAUUUCGUGGACGACAACGCGCCCGACAUUACCGUUAGGAAUUUCGUCGUACGCAACGAUUUUUAUACGCCCGUUGAUAUUGUCGGUUACGAGAUGCGCGAGGACGCCAAACGGUACUUCAGAAUUGAAAGUUUCACACCGAUGGUAAUGAAACCUACCAACGAAAAAACCAUCUUCCGCAUCAAGCUUAGAACUAACGCCAAUUUAAAUGGUGUCAAUUUAAAUUCACAGAUCAUUCUAAAAACCAACGUUACCGAUAUUGUUAUCCCGUUGUUGAGUUAUAAAGGGAAACUAAAACUGUACCUGCCAUACAGAGGUCCUGAAAACACUCUCGAUAUCGGUUUGGUCAGUUACAACACGCAGAAGAAUGUCUACUUCUUAUUGGCCAAUCCGAACCCCGUCAGUUUGAUACUUAAAAAUAUUAGAUGUUCAGUACCAACAACAACGUUUGAGCUCAUGGGUUGUAAAAAAGGAAAUUAUGAUGAGGCUUUGUUGCAAGUCAAACACAAAAAUCUCACAAAUUGCAUAAACAUAAAGCCUCAUCACUAUGCAGUGGUGAAGUUAUCAGUCCAAACGUCUGAUUCGGAGGGUCAGAUAUGGGGCGACGUCUACGUAGAAACCCAGUACGAGCACAUGUCCAUCCCCGUACAUUACAGAGUGGCUCCGGGCAAAUUGGAGGUUGGACCCGACAGACUCGAGUUCGAUCAAUGCUUCCCUGGUAAAAUUUGUUCACAUGCACUCAGGGUGCAUUCGACGUUCCGCGAACCGAUGAUAAUCGAGAACAUUUUCACUCUGCCGCCGGACAAGAGAGUCUACAGCAAGCAUACCGGACACAUAUUGGCCGGAACGACCAAAGUCAUCGGCCACAUGUACCUUAAUCCCAACGUGUUGUGCCAGAAUGACUGUUACACCGGUUUCGUCAACGACUCGUCAUCUCAGUGGCUGCGCUCGCUGACCCUGGGCUCCGCCCACGACGUAGACACGUACCUGGUGAACCGGCUGUACAACCGUUACCUGAACGAGACGUCGAACGGGCUGCGCAGAUGGCAUAAUCUGACCGUGCGCAUCGACACGUCCGAGGUGCGCGGCCACAUUUUCAAGACGCGCGUCAAAAUGAGCUGGCCAAGUCUCGUGUUCAACCAACACGCCGAGAACCGAUCGCAGUACGCGUUCCCGACCACGCAAAUCGGUAACAUCAGUUACAAGAACAUCACGGUCAGGAAUCCAUCGGCUCACAAUUUGGUCGUACAGUUGGUAUUCGACAGGCACUACGGGAACGUGCAGGAGUUGUACAAGAAGUUACCGCAGAAAUUUCUGCCGCCCAGAUCCAAGGAUUUUCAGCAAUAUGGGUUCUACUUUGUUGAUCAGAGGGAACACCAGGAUCGAUUCCGCGAACUCGUCGACUGGGAAUUCUCGGAACACUCGGUGCCAUUGCUGUUGGCACCGGGCGAAAACGUUACCGUCACCGUCGCCUUCCGGGCAGAAGAGACAAACCGCGUCUCGGCCCUGCUCGCCCUCCGCAACAAUCUCACCGCCUUGGAACUGGUCACGUUGCAGGGCCACGGUGUGCAUCCGCAGUUCAAGUUCGGCAAUCGGAGGCCGGGCAGCGAGCAGCCGUUGUCGUUCGACGUGACGGAGCGCCACGUCAAAGAGUGCGAGAAGGGUCGGAACGCGCGUACCACGGACGCCUCCGGUUUGAUGGUGAGGCGGUCGUUCACCGCCAAGAACGUCGGGGACGUGGCUAUCUACGUGAACAGCUUUUAUAUUAACGACUACCCGUGCGAAGGGUACGGAUUUAAGGUGUUUAAUUGCGCCCCGUUCGUGUUGCUACCGAACGGCACUAAAAAGAUUGACAUAGCCUUCAGUCCGGAUCUUACGCUCACGAAGGUGACCCGCACUCUUAUCCUGGGCACGAGUCUCAACUUCCCCGUCAACUACACCCUCUACACGAGUAUACCGUCGCAGUACCUUAAUGCAUGCGCCGAUUUUAUAGCUCGUCCCCCAUGGGAGGUCUACCUUAGCCUGCUCACCAACACGCUCAUGAUCCUUAUGUUGGUUGUCGUCGUGUUCCUCGCCGUUCUAGACGCUGAACGCAUCAAGAAGCAGGCAUUUGGGGAACUGCUUGCUCAAAACAGUUCGUCGGUGCAGCCCGUGCUCGAUUUGAGGAUGAUAGGGCAGCAGACGCGGGAGGAGAUCAAGACGGUCAAGACUGACAGAAAUGACAAUGUGGAACAGAAAAACGGUGGAAAGGCCGAGAAAGAAGGAUGUUCAAAGAAGAAAGAAGAAGACAAGUAUCCGGCUAUGGUGGCCGUUACUGGGAGGUCCAAAAAGAAAUUAGGUAAGAAGAACAGCAGUGACAGUGGUGCAGAAAUGGUGCAGAACACCGCGGUCACUGUACCCGAAGUACAAAGAAAAACCAAUGAGGCGGUUAUUGCCCAAAAGCAUCAGGUUAAGCACCAGCAGAAGGUGACGGAGGAACCGAAGAAAAUGACGUCGCAAACGACGGUCAAAGGCACCAUCAAAGCGUCGUCAUCGAAUUCAGUUCAACAAUCUGCUGGUAACAAGAAACAGGCGUAUACCAAAAAUAAUACUACUAGUGUACCUGCCGUUUACGAGGAAGAAACCUCGUCGACGACCACAGAAAGUAGCAGCAACAACGAGGAUCCCGACAAGGAGAACGAUCAUCAGACGAACACCCAACGGAAAACCGGUGCAAGGCGCCAUAAUUCCAACAACAGUGGUAACGCUAAAACAAGUAACAACAAAAUUGAGGAGGACAACGUUGCAAAAGUUCCCACGGAUGAGACACAAUCAACAGAAGAAUUCAUCAAACACGAACAGAUAUCGCACAAUAAGGUUGAAAGACAGAGAUCGGCGCCAAAAUCCCGAUCCAAACCAUUCAAAGAGACCCAACCGGAAUUCACCGCCAGUAAAUCCACCGACUCUAUGCAGAAACCUUCCAACAACAACCGAGAAACGAAAAAGAGCGGAGAUAAACGUUCCAAGGAACGAAACGGAAAAGAAAAAACCGCGUGUUUCAAGAAACAACAGCAAUCCCAGCAACCGGCAACGCAACCAGUGAUCUCAGAUAAAUCUGUACUCAAAAACAGUGUGGAACCACCCAAGAGUCCCGUGACCUCAGGUGUGACGCCGGCCAAAUCUGUAUGGGGCGAGAACUGCGCCACAUUCAGCGAUGUGGUCGCACGCACGGAGUCGCUCAGUACGAACAGACCCCUGUGCCAAAAGCCCACUACUAAACCGACAGUCUAUGUGGAGCCGUACAAACAACAAGUACAGAAUCCUCCGCAGCUGUCGCAACCUCAGCAGCCUCCACUACAACAGCAUCCGCAACCGCAGCAGCAACCAAGUGAUCUGGGGCCGGUCGGCUCGAGACGUCUGGACUUCUUCGCUGACACUUUUGCGGCACAGACGAAUGGCGUUAUGCACAGUCCGACGUCCAAUAGUUUCUUUUCUACGACGCCAGACAUGCGGCAACAACAACAGGGUUACCCGUUCGUGGAGGAUUUCCUGCGGCCGGAUAAUUGGGAAGACUACAGACCGAUGAACGCGACCCAGGAAGUCUUCGUCAACGAACCGAUUCAACCACCAACUGAAGACCGUUGGAACCACGAUUUGAUGGGUACAAAUCCAUUCUGGAGCAACAACUUCAACUUGCUUCCGGAUCUGUUUGAGUCCGUGGCCGCGGCAUCGAAUGUGUCGCAACCUCCGGCGCCUGCAACUGUGGCGGCGGUCCAGCAAGAACAACAACAACGACACCAGCACCAGCAACAGAACAACUAUCUGUGGGGCUCGUCGUCGGUGUGGCAACCUUGGACUCCCGCUGCGCCUAGAACACCAACCCGUACUCCCCCUGGUUUCGACGACUUCGUACAGACAAGGAACUUGAACGAAGUGCUUCAAUGCCAGCAACAACAAAGUAUGCCGCAGAGGGAAUCGUACAGUCAUUUCCCGAUGUCGAACAUAUGGAAUCCAGACACGCAGAAUCCGUGGAACUACCAGGGACAAUGAAAUGGCCAAUCUCUGAAUACAAAACACAUCUUAUUUGUCUAGGGUUCAUCAAUAAACCUUCACGUACUUACAAAGUAUAAAUCCGUGAUUUCAUUUAUUCAUAUUCUCUUUCUAUUACAAAGAAUGCAAGUUUAAUAUUCUAAAACCGGAUUUAACUUAUUUAUGGAAUAGAGCUACGGAUAGUGGACGUUUAAAAAAACUCUCCGUAUGAAUUUUUCAAUAAUGCAUUAACGUAAAGGUUUUUAUAAGGCUGUUUGUGACUUAAUAAUACUCAUGUUAGCCCAUUCGUCUUUUAUUUUUCUACAUAUUUUACAGCUAAUCAAAAGAUAAUUACAAUAAAUGAUAAAUUUCAACAAAUAUAUAUAUUUGGACAAAAUACAUGUUAUGUUACUUUAAUACAAAAAAUCAAAAGAGAUUUUAUACGGUCGUUAUUUUCUGGGCUUUUUACUGUAGGAACCCUAGCAUAAAGUAAUUUCUUUGUAUGUUCUAAUUCCCAAUAUUUAAUGAAUUCUUCGACUGAAUGUGUCACCGACUCUCUUCUUACAAAUUGUGGACCUCCAAUAAAUGUUUUACGAGCAAAAUAA